UGUUGUGUCAAACUUUACGUGACAUUUCAUUACCAUGCCAUCCUCGGAGUGGCCGCAUUGUUUGUACGAGCUUAGCUAAAAAUGUCUACCCUCGAUGUAUACGUUUGUUUCCAGUGCAUUCUUUCUUUUGAUUCUCAAUGUUUGGAAAGCACAUCCAUCUACAAUAAUAGGCCGCAAAAAAACCGAAUAACCUACAGGUCAUUGCAAAAGUUGGUUCGCCUCAUUUUACAUCUUCAGUGCGCCUGUGCAGACUCACUAAUCUGUCCACUUUCAACAGCGAUUUCUGGGCACAGUUUUCAAAUUGGUAGCUAGCGACUACGUAAAUUAAUAUAUAUCUAAGCAGUCUAUCUACAAAUGAAAAUGUAUACACUAUAGUAACCUGAUAUUAGUUGUUGCUUGAGUUUUGGCACCUUCGGUAGCUAAAUUACCUGUAUAUUUUAACUAGUUCCGGCGUUGUAGCUAACACGGGGAUUUAAGUCGAGCGACUCAGCUUUUGGAACAAUAUUUCAAAGUCCUUCACAGAAGUCAGGAAUCCCAGACACUACUUGGCUCUAAUCCCAGGAAUCCCAGACACUACUACUGACUGGGGACGUUACAAGGCCUAUGGUCUUCUGAAGAGCUGUUGUCUGCUGUGCUUUGGACUCUGUGAUGGCAAAUCGGGAUGAUGAGGUGGACUUGCAGCAUAGUACGACAGGGAGCGAGGGGGGGAACUCAUCAGGCGAAACCCCUCCCUCCAAACGCAAGGGAAAGUUCUCCAGCUUCGGCAAUAUGUUCAAGCCCUGGAAGUGGAGGAAGAAGAAGAGCAGUGAGACGUUUCUGGAAACCUCAAUAGUGUUGGAGAGGAAGAUCUCAGUAAGGAGACCUCGUCAGGAGCUGAUUGACAGGGGAGUGCUGAAAGAACUUCCAGAGAAUGAGAGCAACGAUGUGAACCACUCCAAAGUUCCGGGGGUGAAGAAUGGCCAGACAGUAUCCAUGGACGUUGAGCGGGUCUCUGAGUCGGGGGUGAGGGGGUCGCGGGGGGAGCCAGGCCCAGGGCUCAACCCCACUUGGCUGCCCCAGGGAGUGGACCCCCGGCGGGGCACUGUCCCUUCAGACGACCCCCGGAGCAGGAUCAGGGUGCCCUCCGAUGCCUCUCGCUCCAACCGAGCCCCACUGGACGUUGACUCGCACGCCAGGCUAUCGGCCAUAGAUCUGGAGAGACGGAGCAGACUGCCCUCUGACGUGUCGGAGAGGAAAGGAGGGUCAUUACCGAGAGGACUUGCUCCGGAGGACGGGAAGCACCGGAGAGAGGGGAAAGAGGACAAGCGAGAGGAGAGGAGAGAUGGGAAAGAGGAGAGGAGAGAUGGCAAAGAGGAGAGGAGAGAUGGGAAAGAGGAGAGGAGAGAUGGGAAAGAGGACAAGCGAGAGGAGAGGAGAGAUGGGAAAGAGGAGAGGAGAGAUGGGAAAGAGGAGAGGAGAGAUGGGAAAGAGGAGAGGAGAGAGAGGAGAGAUCCUUGUGAUGAGAGAGAAAGAAAGGAUCAGAGGAAGGAGAGAGACCGGGAGGGAGGCGAAUGGAGGGAUGAUAAAGACAAGGAAAAGAGAGACAGGAGAGAUGACAGGGAAAGGAGGGACAGAGAUUAUCGAGAGGAGGACAAGGAGAAGAGAGAUGCGAAAGGAGAAAAAGAUGACAGGAGAGAGGGAAAAGAGAAAAGAGACGAGAAGAGAGAUGAUCGAGAGAGGAGGGAUGACAAGAGAAUCGAUUGUGAAAGGAGAGAUGCUCGUGAUCGCAGGGACGAUGGGGAGGAGAAGGAUAGGAGAAGGAGUCCUAGGGCUGGGAAACCAGAGACUGGGAAAACAGAGACUAUCUUGAGACCUGUAGAAGGGAGUCGUCCGGUGGUGAGACCCCACUCUGAGAUGGAACUGAGGCCCAGUCUCCAUAAGACCUCCUCAGAGGACCCCCGUAGCAGGGUCCGCCAUGCCUCCGAGACUAACUGUGGAAGCACCCUGCCCAGGUACAUGCCAUCUGAGGAGACCAAACGAGGGGAGACCCGCGGAAGAGCAGAGUCCACUGGUGUCCGCUUCGCCCCAGGCCCCACCCCAGACCCUGACUCCGCCUUUAACUCCUCUUCCUCCCGGAGAGCUCAGCCUCCUGCCAAACAGGCCAUGCUCCCUCCCAAGGGCCAACCCACCACCACCACCUCCAUGGAGCCUGGCCGGACCUCCACCCCACCUUCCUCCUCCUCCUCCUCUACUUCCUCCACCUCCUCUGCAAUAGCGGUGGCCAAGCCACCCAGGACUGUUUCCCUGGUCAUCAGUGAUGACCCUCCUCCCAGCCCCGUCCCCCCUGCGCGGUUCAGCCAUGUACCCCCAUCCUUCAUCCCGGGAGAGUCGGCCACCCCUCCCCCUGUACCCCCCCAUGCCAAGCAGCCACCUGUACCCCCACCCAAACCCACCAACCGCAACAGCAACCUCGCUCUGCUUGCGGAGCUCUCUCAGGCUGGCAGUGGUGUCAUCGUGUUUCCUGCCCCCACCAGGUGCUCUCCACCCACUCCGCCCAAGAGGAUGACCCCCGUCACCAAGAGCCUCUCCGACGACCCGUCCCUUGAGGCAGAGACCUCCUUCCCAUCUAGUUCUGCCCCUGUUCCAGUCCCCAUACCUACUGUCUCUGUACCCCCCAGCGCUGACCAAGAUGCCAAUCGGGACACCCUUAAAGCAGUAGGCUUCCAACUACCCACCUCUGACCCUGUACCACGACCUCUGUCCCAUAUACCCAUGUCCACUCCUAGCUCCCACCCCCACCUACCUCUCCCCAACUCUGUCUCCGUCCCCCUCUCUAUCCAUCAGAAGGAUCCUCCCAGCCCCACCACAGAGCCACCCAACCACCCCCCAGCCUCAGUCCCAGCCAUCCCCCUGCACAUCCUGAUCCAGCGGGCCCUGUGCUCCCCCAGCCCGGCCCAGGCUAACCCAGACGGAUCCCAGAGAGCCCACUCCAUGCUGUUUGAGUCCCCUCCAGAGUUCCUCACUGAGGCUGGAGUCCGACGCUCUCUACCCAUCACCAUAGAACUGCUCAGACUACCUGAGGAUGAUGACUUCAACAUGGAGGAGGAGUUGGAGAAGCUACACCCCAGGCGGAUGCUGCCCUCCCAGCCCCCCAGGCAGCCUGAGCUGGAGCCCAGGAGCAGAAGGGUUCUGAUGGGGGAACCCAGGGUCAGUGUGAUCCCAGAGGGCCGGGGGCACGGAGACAGCAGUGAAGAGGAUGAAGAUGAGGAGACGGACUCUGACGGACCCAUCCUCUACAGAGAUGACGAUGAAGACGAAGAUCCACCAAGUGCCUUGGCGAGCCGUGUGACGAGGAAGGACACCCUGGCCCUGAAGCUGGAGAGACAGCAGGAGAGGGAGGAGCAGGAGGGAGGAGAAGGACAGGACGGAGUCGGCUGGCAGAGCAGAGAGCAGUGGGAGGCACUCAGGAACAAGAUCGGUACUACACUCAACAGGAGGUUGAGUCAGAGACCCACAGCAGAGGAGUUGGAGCAGAGAAACAUCCUUCCAGCCAGGAACGAAGCUGAUAUCAGGGCAGAGAGGAGCGAGAUCAAACGCAGACUAACGAGAAAGCUGUCCCAGAGGCCCACCAUAGCAGAGCUUCAGGCCAGGAAGAUCCUGCGUUUCCAUGAGUACGUAGAGUGUACCACAACUCAAGACUACGACCGCCGUGCAGACAAACCCUGGACCAAGCUCACGCCCUCUGAUAAGGCUGCCAUCCGCAAGGAACUUAAUGAGUUCAAGAGCUCUGAGAUGGAGGUUCAUGAAGAGAGCAGGAUCUAUACCAGAUUCCAUCGACCUUAGCUGUGCUCCCUGACCUGGCUGAAAAAGAAGAAGUUAAAUGCAAUACGGAGCCGGGGGUUUGCAGGACUCCAAUAUGGAACGCACAGACCCCCUUCCCUUGUUAUGGAACAAGCCUGUUCCUCUCCCGGAAGGCACAGUAUUGAUGGCUGUAUCUGAAACCAUGGCCUAUCUGUGACCAUGGACUAUGAAUUUGUGGAUGUGGUUCCUUGGUCAAUCCAGUCAUUGUUGAAGCCACGGACUAGAGGUGAGUCCCAUCGGUCCAAGCCCUCAGAUAUGAAACCAUGGGGCUACUGGUACUACUGUACUGCAGCGUUGAGCUUCCUGACAAGAUGACCCAUGGGGGAGCAGGAGGUGAACAACAGAGGUGGUGGUUUAGGCCUAUUUCAGAGGACAUUUUGUUACUUCCCUGUGCCAACACUGUGACUUACAAUAGGCAUGACAAAAGGGACAGAGAUUGACAGAGAAUGUCCUGUUUUGUUCAUCACAUCUACAUUCUCUGUCGCUACCUAAGGUAAGAAUAUUCUGCCUUCUGCACCUGCUUUUUAGACUUCCCUCAACACUUUGCCAUAUUUUUAUUUCAGAAGAGGAAAGAAUUGUGUACGUAUUAAUUGUUGAUCAUUAUGAUGGUUGACAUUCAUACACGGUGGUACUAAUGAUUUAAUGUCCAAAUAAAUGAGAUGCUGAACUUUGUUAGACUACAUGACACUGGUGAAACCCUCCAGUGUGUGUGUGUGUGUGUGUGUGUGUGUGUGUGUGUGUGUGUGUGUGUGUGUGUGUGUGUGUGUGUGUGUGUGUGUGUGUGUGUGUGUGUGUGUG